UCGCACAUCUGUCAGCGCUCCUGGACCACAUCUGUCUCCCGGUCCACAUCUGUCUCCUGGUCCACCAGAGCCGCGGGUUACACAGAACACGAGACACUGAGGUUCCUCCCUGUGCUGUGUGUUGUGUCCUUGUCAGACGAUGGCGGAUGAAACGGAGGAUGUGGAGCUGAACGAGCAGGAGAGGACGCGAGGAGGCGCAGUCAUGAUGAGACACCCGGUGGCCUCCUUCUUCCACCUGUUCUUCCGAGUGCUUGCCAUCGUGGCCUAUCUGCUCUGUGACUGGAUCAGCAAGAACUUUGCCUCGUGUUUCGUCCUGAUCGUAACUCUGCUUUCUUUUGACUUCUGGUCCGUCAAGAAUGUGACUGGCAGGUUGCUGGUGGGGCUGCGCUGGUGGAAUCAGAUCGACGAGGACGGAAGGAGCCUCUGGGUGUUUGAGGCCAAGAAAUUUGUCCAGACCUCCCAGGGCAACAACACUGGGACGGAGGUAGAAGAGAGGAUAUUUUGGCUUGGUUUAAUCAUCUGUCCUCUCAUCUGGACGGUGUUCUUCUUCACCUGCCUGUUCUCCCUGAAGAUUAAGUGGCUGUAUCUGAUCGUAGCCAGCAUCUCCCUCCAAGCGGCCAACCUCUAUGGUUUUCUACGCUGCAAGGCGGUGGGGCAAGAUGGCCGGCCUCCAGACUCCCGCUCUUUCACGGGACGGCACCUCCUGCAGCGCCCGGACCUCAUCUUCGGGAUACUAUGAAGAUGACCUUCUCCACUAGUGCGUGUGUGUCUGUGUGUGAGUGAGUGAGAGAGUGUGUGUGUGUGUGUGUGUGUGCUAAUCAUUGAGCUGCCUCAUCUCCAGAGUUUACACAAACUUCAUCUACUUGAAUGGCUUUGUGCCUUUGUUUCAUGCUGCUGACUACACACUUGUGCCAAUGGACUAUUAUGCCAAUAAAAGUCAAGAUGAGUGCAUUUUACCAGUUAAUUAUUGUUGAGGUUUUACUACAUCUCAAAUUUGCAGAAGCAGUUUUUAAACAGCUCAUAUAUAAGCAUGAUUUCCAGAGUGUGAUUUUCUUGCUCUUUCUCUUGGUUUCGGUUAAACGUCUUUGUGGCACAUCUCUUUGUUGAAAGGGCUCCAUGACCCGUGCCAAAAAAUAAACCAAGGAGCUAAAUCUGAUAUAAGCUAAGCUAGCAUUAUCACCCAUUAAGACAUUUGACUUCGUUGGAGGGAGACAAGGCAGCCUCUAUGUGCGCCGUGAUGAAAAUGGCUCUCCCUGUCCUCCGGCCGCUUCAUUGAAAUUGUUCCGGCGCACCUUUGAAAGAGUCGACGGAAAAUGCCGAUCACGUCUCAGGAUGCAACACAUGUGAACAAACAAACGACCAUUAAAAGGCUUGGUGACAAUGUGCAGUGUGUGAUCUGCAGGAGACCGACAUGUGGCAGGCUGAGUCUCGGGGCUGCGGUGGACCACGUGGAGGAUAAAUCAGCAACAGAUCACGAACAACAGGGGGCAAAAAAAGAAAAAAGGGAAUCAUGUUUGCCUUGAAAACUAAAAAAAAAUCAUUUCAAGAAUAAAUGUUCAUUAGGAUUCUGGUCUUGAAGCUGGAUGCUGUGAAACUUUGAGCUCUCUGU